AUGGCCUCGGCUCUGAGCUAUGUCUCCAAGUUCAAGUCCUUCGUGAUCUUGUUCGUCACCCCGCUCCUGCUGCUGCCUCUCAUCAUUCUGAUGCCCGCCAAGUUUGUCAGGUGUGCCUAUGUCAUCAUCCUCAUGGCUGUCUACUGGUGCACUGAAGUCAUCCCUCUGGCCGUCACUGCCCUCUUGCCAGUCUUACUCUUCCCACUCUUGCAGAUUCUGGACUCCAAGCAGGUGUGCGUGCAGUACAUGAAGGACACCAACAUGCUCUUCCUGGGUGGCCUGAUCGCAGCUGUGGCCGUGGAACGCUGGAACCUUCACAAGAGGAUUGCCCUGCGCACGCUCCUCUUGGUGGGGGCCAAGCCUGCACAGCUGAUGCUGGGUUUCAUGGGCGUCACAGCCUUCCUGUCCAUGUGGAUCAGCAACACAGCCACCACGGCCAUGAUGGUGCCCAUCGUGGAAGCCAUGCUGCAGCAGAUGGAAGCCACAAGCUCAGCCACUGAGGGCAACCUGGGGGCCCUGGAGCUGGCAGAGAAGGGCAAGGCCAGCGAGCUGCCAGGGAACCAAGUGUUAUUCGAAGGCCCUGCCGUGAAAUCAAAAGCGGACCGCAACAGGAAGAACAUGAGCAAGGCCAUGACCCUGAGUGUGUGCUAUGCGGCCAGCAUCGGGGGCACCGCCACUUUGACGGGCACGGGCCCCAACGUGGUGCUGGCGGGACAGAUGCACGAAUUAUUUCCUGACAGUAAAGACCUCGUGAACUUCGGGUCUUGGUUUGGAUUUGCUUUCCCCAACAUGCUCAUCAUGCUGCUGUUGGCUUGGCUGUGGCUCCAGUGUGUCUUCAUGAAAUUCAAUUUUAGGAAAUCGCUGGGCUGCGGGCUGGAGAGGAAGACGAGCGAGAAUGCAGCCGUUAAGGUGCUACAGGAGGAAUACCAGAAGCUGGGGCCCUGCUCCUUCGCUGAAGUCAAUGUUCUCGUGUGCUUCAUGUUGCUCGUCGUCCUGUGGUUCUCCCGAGAUCCCGGCUUUAUGCCUGGCUGGGUGUCACUCGCGUGGGUGGAAGGGGAGACCAAGUAUGCUUCUGACGCCACUGUGGCCAUCUUUGUGGCCAUCCUGCUCUUCAUUAUGCCUUCCCAGAAGCCCAAGUUCAACUUCUGCAGUCAGACAGAGGAAGAAAGAAAAAUGCCAUUCUAUCCACCCCCGUUGCUGAACUGGAAGGUGGCCCAGGAGAAAGUGCCCUGGGGAAUUGUGCUGCUACUGGGGGGCGGGUUUGCUGUGGCCAAAGGAUGCGAGGCCUCGGGGCUGUCCGAGUGGAUGGGGAAACAGAUGGAACCCCUGAGCAUGGUGCCCCCCGCAGCCAUCACUUUGAUCCUGUCCUUGCUCGUCGCGGUGUUCACCGAGUGCACCAGCAACGUGGCCACGGCCACCUUGUUCCUGCCCAUCUUCGCCUCGAUGUCUCGCUCUAUUGGCCUCAACCCGCUGUAUGUCAUGCUCCCCUGUACUCUGAGCGCCUCCUUCGCCUUCAUGCUGCCCGUGGCCACUCCACCCAACUCCAUCGUGUUUGCCUACGGACACCUCAAGGUUUCUGACAUGAUGAAAGCAGGAUUCGUGAUGAACGUGAUCGGAGUCUUUUGUGUGUUUUUAGCGGUAAACACGUGGGGACGGAUCCUCUUUGAUUUGGAUCGGUUUCCUGACUGGGCUAACGUGACCCACAUCAAGACUUAG